AUGUCAUCCACGACAGGAGGGCCUCUCCCCCUUACUACCACUUUUACACCACCGAGCCAGUGUGUCAGUGACUUCUGGGUCGCCUAUAAUACAGGCAGCUCCAUCUAUUUGAACCUGGGGCCCACCACGCCCUCACUGUGUCUCCCAACCGGCUGGGACUCGACCACCUAUUUCUCCCCGGGUGUUUGUCCCAGUGGCUAUGGCAUCGCCGCCAGUGUCACUGUGCCCAUGGGCAACGCCAUAGAAACAGUCGCAACGUGUUGUCCGGUUAGCGCAGUCUGCCAAUGGACCCCGGGGCCAAACAUCGCCACAACGUUCGACCAGACCUACUGGACAACGAUCUCCACCACCCCCUCUCCGACCACGGUCACAACGACGGACUCCGGGACGUUGAGCGGUACCAAUGGUCUCAUAAAUGCUUAUGGCGUGGUGAUCCGCUGGCAGUCAACGGACUUCAGCAACGCCCCAGCCACAGCCGUUGCGACCACCACAGGUGCAGCAGCCGAAGCAACCCAUGACUCGUCUGGCUUGACAGCAGGCGCCGACGUAGGGAUCGGAAUCGGGGCGGCCGUCGCUGUCAUUUUGUUUGUUGCGAUGGGGGUUUUCCUUCUGCGCCGACGCAACCGCCGGGAGGGUGGCCUUGGGGAUGCAACGCAGCGAGAUCCAUACAUGGUUCUUCCCGAACAUCCAAGCCGGAUGCAAGUGGAAGCCGAGUUGCCAAUCUCUUCAACCAAACGAAACUCCUGGAAAGCGCUGAAGUUUCAAAGGCAUGAAAGCACAACUCAUGUGCAGCCUUUAUCUGUUGUCGUGCAGUACUACGACAACAGUGCAUACCUCCUGUCUUUUGUGGCACAGAAUGGAUAUCUGCAUGCUCGUGGAUACAUUUGUGGCUACAUACCGUGCGGCGAUGCUAGUGCCCAGACCUGCAUUUCUAACGUCUCUACUGGGGAAUUUUCAGCAAUACAAUGCUACGAUUCAACAAGCGUCUUAAUCCAGCAGAUUAUACCCGCUACUGUUGCUGCGUCUGAGACUGUCACCAUGUCCUACGUGACCCCAGACGUUAUUGUGCAGACCAUGACAAUUGUUGGAGGCGCAAAACGGGUCAAUGGCUAUUUAAUCCGGUCGCUGAUGAACCCUAUGAACCAGCAACAGAUACCUCCAAGGCGGAACUUCCAGGUCAUGCAAUUCCAGUAG